AUGAGUCUGUCACUUCAUCAUUUGCCCGAAGAGAUCCUUUAUCAUAUCCUCUCCUACUGCCCUCCGACCACCUGCGCGGCUCUGAACGGCACCGCCUCGUAUUUCCACGGCGUCUCCAACGAGCCACGACUAUGGCGCCUCUACUGCCAGCGGUCGUUUCAACAUUGGGAUCCUCGGCAUGAUCUCCCGUCCAAGCUCGCCGGUCCGGUCGCCGUGGUGGAGUGGAAGGAUCUGUAUGUCGCGCGACACCGGGUGGACCGGACCACCCGGCACCUGCUGGACGGGAUCCUGGCGGAGCAGACGGGUCGGAUGGAGAAAUUCCGGGCGCUGGUCGAGUUGGGAUGCGAUGUGAAAGAUACCCUCCUACGGAAUUGUGCCCCGGACGCCCGACAGGAUGACGUUCUGGCGCGAACAUACUAUGCGCGUGCGCUGCUGAAUGCCCUCCAUCGGAACAUAGCGGUCCCCCAAUGGACGCGACUACGCAGAGGAGAGCCCGUAUCCCUGGAACAGGCCCUGGGAACGUUUGAUCUGUUUCUUCCGGAGAGCACAUUUAGAGGCCUAGAAGAAAUCAGCGCCCGACUGGAUGAGAUCGCCGGCCAGAUUUCUCAUACCGACCCGGAAUUCGACAGCCGAACCUCGCGAGACAAGGCGAAAGCUGUUCUCGCCUACCUACGCGGGAACGGUCUGACGGGCAUGGAUGGCCGCCGGGAAUAUCAUAGCAUCGAUCAUAACUUCCUAGGACUGGCAUUACAGGAUCCCGGCCAUAACUCCCUACCUCUCGUCUCCGCCGUCCUAUACUGCGCCGUGGCGCGACGCCUCGGCUUGGAUGCCCGCCCGUGUGGGAUCCCGUUUCAUGUUUACGUGACCGUGGUGCCCGCCGCGGGCUACGAUAUGGAUGACAAUGCUCUAGAACCCGGGACAGUCGGAGCGGCCCUGUACCUGGACCCCUUCCGAUCUCCGCGGGAAACGCCCGUGGCCGACCUACACAGCCAGUUGGCUCUUCUGGGGGCCUCUCCGGCGCAACAACGCAUCUUCCUGAGCGGGUCUCGGACCGCGGAAAUUGUCCUGCGGUGCAGCCAGAGCAUCUCGGACUCGGUAAACCUCCAAGUGCAGCUCCCGGGCGUGCAUCUAUCCGCUCCCGUGGACCUGAACAGUGCGCGCUACGCGGCGCUGUGGGCGUCGAUACUCUUGCUCCCUGCUUCGCGGUCCCGGGAGCGCCGGGACCAAUUGCCGUGGUUCCUCGAGCUGUUUGCCACGGAAUUUCCGUGUGACUUGUACCUUGUCGAGCGGCAUCUCGCCCCUCUGUUCGCAGGGACCGUCGAGCACGAGCAGAUCCUGCGGUGUCUGCAUGUGAUCCGGGCCGUCGAUGAGAUCCCCAGGCCGGUGAAACGACGGACGGCGGAACACAGCCACAUCCAAUACCGGGUUGGCGAGGUGUUUCGCCACCGGCGGUACGGGUAUACGGGGAUCAUCACGGGGUGGGACACAGAGUGUGAUGCGGGAGAGCGGUGGAUGCGACGGAUGGGGGUGGAUCGCCUGGCGGGCGGACGACACCAGAGUUUUUAUCACGUUUUGGUGGAAGACAAAAGUGUGCGGUACGUGGCGGAGGAGAACAUUACGCGCAUCCAGCCGCAUGAGGCCGACCUCCCUCCGACCCUGAUCGCGAUCGCGGGCAAGCAUUUCAAACGAUGGGAUGACGAUCGGUGCGUCUUCAUCAGUAACAUCACCGACGAGUAUCCAGACGAUUAG